CAACAUGGUGUCACCCGUACAUGGGUAGGCGACUUCUGUUUACUUCAAAGGCACUCAAAUGUAGAGUUACUUGGAUAACAUGAAGAAAACAAAGCUGGUCCACCUCCUGCUUGUGUGUUCAGUGGCAUAUGUGGGUUCCGUGCAGAUCUAUGAGGUGUGUCCUGGCUCAGCGUUCUACUUGCCCCGCCCCCCGCAGUAUGAGCCCCAAUCGUCAGUGCUGUCACUCACGCCUCAGUCCGGCUCCGCCCAGCCAGUGCUGCUCCUGAACAGAACAGAGCCCACAGACGAGCGUUUCCAGUUCCGGAAUGGCACCCUCUUCAUCUCCGAGCUGCGAGAGGAGGACGCUGGAAUCUUGUCCUGGGAGAGAGAUGGCAAGGCCCACACCAUCCUGCAAUUGGCAAUGAAAGAUUGCGCUGAGUUGAAGCAUUUCCGCGUGGGCAAAUCCAUGCGGCUGGCCAUUCCCUCGGAGGCGGCGGUGCUGGAGUUCGAACCCGCAUCCUCGCCUGGAUCCAGGGAGGUGAUGUGGACGUCUGCCGGCGGUGACGUGGGCAGUGGUGGCAGCGACGCAGGCAGCGAUGCAUCCGCUGAGCCCAAGACGUACGCUCGCGACAACCUCUGGUAUGUGGACAUGUUGGUCCCCACAGACUCCGGAUCCUACACCUUCCGACGGAAGAGCGGCGCCGAACUCUCCAAAACGCGGCUGUCCGUCACAGCGGGGAUGUACUAUUUCAACUUCGAGAGGCAGCGGCAGUGGGAUGUGCGCAUCCCUGUGGCAUCACAGAAGGAGUUGUCGUUGGUGUGCGUGCGGAAGGUGGACCAAGUCAGUGGCGAGGCCGACGUGGACAUGUGGCUGUACCGAGAUGGGAUAGCCACAAGGGACUUAUUCCAGACGUUCGGAGGCCGUCCAGAAUUUCACAAAGCCUACAAAUACAACGGCCGAAUCUUCUCGUUUGGGGCCCUCAUGAGCGAUGCAGGGACGUACAGGAUACUGGACACCCAGAAAAGGCUUCUGGCACUGGUCAUUCUCGACACUGACCCUCCUGAGCGCUACUCCCCCUACUGGUGGCUCUUGGUAGUGGGUGCCGUGUUGGUCGUCCUCGUCGGCCUGUGUGUCUGCCAGCGCAAGAGCAAGGCCAAGGCAAACACCAACAGCAACUACCAGCCAUGCAGCGUGGAGAUGCAGCCUGCAGCAACAUAAGUCCACCCCUCCACAGCUACCCACCCAGCCACAGAUAACGCCAAGACAUGCGUCCACCUUUCCCGAGAUAACUCACAGAUGACACAAGUGGCCUAUACUAAGAAGCUGGUUCAGGAGUAAACCAGGUUAAGUUAAGAGGUAAAUCAUCUAAUAGAAGAGCCUGGAGUCCUCAUUUUCUUGAAAUAUGCACUAUUCACUGUGCACACACACAAGCAGGGUUGCACUGUGUGCUUUGCAGAGAUGUCAAAAGUAGAAGUAAAAGUAAAAAAGAAAAAGAAAAAAAGAAAAAAGGUAACUUAUCUGAGUAACCAGUAGACAUGUGUACACAAUCUAUCUACCUCGGUAGGUUCAAUGGACUAACUGGUGUAACAGUCAUAUAGUAUCAUGUUCUAUAAUGUACUUACUCUUUUCUAAAAUACCUUAUUGCAAGUUUAUUCAAGUCAACAUUUUCAUCUGAUCAUUUGUAGGUUCAACUUGCAGACAUUUUCUUUCUACAAUGUACUUACUCCAUGGAUUUGUUUUUUACUCUCUAACAUUUGACACCUCUGGUGCUGUCACACAAACAUGCUGUCCAGACAUACAUUGCGUGCCAACUAACCAACAAACUCUCUCAUUGCAUCAGGAUAAAAUGUAAACCGUAACUUCAU